AGUUCAGUUAACUCAAUAACUCAGGAGCCUAUAGAAUAGAUAAUGGAUAUAAAACAAAAAGUUAUACAAAAGUUUAAUGAACAAUUAGGAUCGACUUUAAAAAAUCUUGAAGGAAUUUACGAUUUCGAAGAGCAUCUCAAAGCAGAAAAGGAUGAGAUUGAAAAAUCACUGUCAAUGGCAUCGACCACUACUCCUUCCAAGGUAAAGGCAGUAAUUGAAAAUGUAGAAUGUGUCAACUUUGAAGUUGAGCAAUUACAAGAAAUUUGUUUAGAUCUUAAUAAGAUGAUCAAAGAGACAUUUAACGAAAAUGACAAAAAUUUAGAGCUGCAAGAAGUUGUUGAUAAGAUAAGUCAGCUGGACAAAUCAUUAUCCUAUUUAUACUUCAUAAGAUAUGUAGAAAAUAUUAGUCAUGAAAUAGAAGUAUCCUUGUUAUCUGGCGAUGAUCAGUCAAUGAUAACUCUAUAUACAACCUUAACAAACAUCAGUUGCCAAUUGCAAACGUCUGUAUGUCAUCAUCUGGUCAAUUAUGUUCAUGAAACUUUACAUUUUUGGUACAAUAUAAUCAAGAAAAAAUUGUCAAAGGAAUACAAUGAUUUAUUGAAGAUAUUGAAAUGGCCCUUUUGUGGAACCAAUGCUACUUCAUCAAGCACAUCUUUACCAGAAACAAUGACAAGAUUUAAGAUACUCAUUGAAUAUCUCUUUCAUCUGCAGUUACCAGACGAAACGAUUAAACCGGUAGUAACUUCUGUGCUGUUAACAGACUUUGCACCAAUUAGUUUGCCAAUCACCUUCUUAGUACGUCCGCUCCGACAAAGAUUUGUUUAUCAUUUCACAGGAGCUAAAUUGACAAAUCGUCAAGAUAAGCCAGAAUGGUUUUUUACACAAAUAUUAACAUGGAUCAAAGAUCAUGUUCAAUGGGUACAAAAAAACGUUCAACCUGUAGCAGAUUCUAUAGGUUUCGGGCAUUUAGAUGUAAAGGCGGAAUUUAUGCGUGCUUUAGUUCAAUUAGCCGUUGAAAAACUUCAUUCCGAAUUGCCUAUGGUGCAAUAUGAUGACACUUUAUUUGCGCAUUUAGUAGACGAAGCUUUAGGAUUUGAAAGAGAGUUGCGAGAAACUCUAUUGUAUCCUCACACUCAGCCAGCUACUAUUUUUGUUCUUACACAAGCCCAUAUUUUUGUAAAAUGGAUAAACAUGGAGAAAAAAUAUGCAACUGAAAAAAUGGAUGCAAUAUUAAGUUCAAAUACAGCUUGGGAAAGAUUGAAUCCUGAUAUAGAUGAUAUGAAAGUCACAGAAUGUGCAGACGCUUUUCUUACGCUUCUUACCACUAUUUCUGAUAGAUACAAACAUUUACCUCAGCCUGGACAUAGAUUACAAUUUCUCGAAUUGCAAUUGGAAUUGAUUGACGAUUGGCGAGUACGAUUAUUACAAUUGUUACAUGAAAAUUAUGAAGAUCCAUUAACGUCACUUAUGCCACAUAUUCUCAAUACACUACAUUAUGUUGCAACCGUUUUGGAAGAAUGGGGGGUGACUGUUCACUUCUUGCAAUUGCAUUUCUUCAAGAAGCAAUUCGAAGCUGUGGAAAAUGCCACGGACAAAGGUAACGACGUUAAGGAAAAUAUUGGAGAAAUAGAGGGAACUGUAUUUGACGAAGCUGUAGUUCUUUUACGGCGAUUAGAGAAAGAACUGAUAAAUGAAAUCAGUGACUCGGUAGCUUUAGAUGUAAAAGCAAAAAGUAGAGCUUAUAGAACAGACAAAUGGUUUGCGAUGCAGUCUUCAAAAGAAGUUGCUUCAUUAUCAAUGACGCCAAGUGGUUGUCCUAUGUUCCAAGAACUAGCAACACGUCUUCAUAUAUUGCACAAUGUUCUUGCCUUGCCGUUGUUUAAUCAAGCUUGGAAGAAUUUAGCUGCUCAAUUUGAUCAAUUUCUUUUUGAAGAAGUUGUACUCGUAAAUCAUUUCAAUAAUGGUGGUGCCGAACAAUUACAGUAUGAUAUUUUGAGGAAUCUGUUUCCAUUAUUUGGUUUGUAUAUUAACAAACCAGAAUCAUAUUUCCCUUUAAUUAAAGAAGCAUGUAUACUUUUAAAUAUCCUAAUGGGUUCAGCAAUAUUGCUUGAAGAAGCAUUAAAUAAUGAUGAUAAAAAUGUAUCAGCAGAGAUUUUAGCGGAUGUUGGUGUGUACAAAAUGUCCGCCAAAUUGGCUCUAAAAGUAAUAGGGACGAGAACAGACAUCAUCCACAUAUAGAAAAUCUUUCUCUUGAAUGUA